ACAGAUUAUCCCUAACACUUUUACGUGGGUGUGUGUUUGUGCAGUGCUGUUCUGCAUUAUUUUGGGGGCUGUGUUUGGCUGUGUUAGGGAUGUAUAAGAAGAAGAUUAAUAAGGGAAAAGACUGCGGGAUGUUUUUGUGCAGUGUUUCAUGCCUGGUUUGUGGAUUUGUAACACGUCCACUCGUCUAUACAAGUGCAUGAACCAGUCGGCAGUUUGGAGCAGGAAUAGUGAAUGCUGUAAGGUCGUUUAUGUUUUAAAGUGAAACUGCGAAACGAACACUUUGUUCUUUCCGUGGUGUUUACAUCACUUGUUCUUGCUGUGUCAGGAUGCUUUAAGUAUUGCUGAUGUUUUUUUCCUUGCUGCUGUUCAGUUCUCGAUUCUGUUUGGUCAGGAGGUGUUGAUGAAUUGUCUAUAUCAGCAGCUCUGACAAUAGUUCCGGCUGUUGUUCAAAUCACAGGUCUAUAUUAAUGCGCGCCUUAUCGUUUCUAUAGCAACAGCUUGCGUAGAGGCGGACGUAUACGUUAAUCUAAGACUAAGCUUAAACACAUUUAAACAAACCACAACAAAGUAAAAAGACAACGAUAUAAUAUGAUGGUGUUUUCUGUAAGGAGAUAUUUCACUUCACAUUAAUGGAAGGAGUCUCUAGUGUCAGCCCUAGCUUUUUUUUUUUUUCCCCUCAGGCAGGGAGUUUUCCACCACAGGAAAGUCUUCAAGAUGAAGGACUUUGCGCUUUAACUUCGCCAUGUCGUAACUCCUGCAUCACGGCCCACCGCUGUCCAGCGUUUUAAUCUGUACAUGGUGUGUUUUCCUGAAGUGCUGUAGGAACCCUCAGGGUAGCAUUGCAUAAAUCCUGGAGCUCUGCAAUAUUUUGUGUGCGUGUUAAAGUUAUUAUACACCUAUUAUUAUGCUUUUUCAGAUAUCAGCUUUCACAUAGUGUGUUAUAGAGCCGUUUGUGAACGUAAAAACGUCUGCAAAGUUUCAAAAAUCAAAGCACAUGACAAACUGAGUUAUUGACUCUCAAAAGAAGGAAGUGAUUCUGAACAGCUGAAACGAGUCGUUAGUCAUUCCAGACUUACUUCCUGUACAGACCUGCGUAGGUUUGUAAUAAAAAGCCCCGCCUCUGGUGUUGAUUUUUUUUCAUAUGGAGCUGAAACUCAUUAUGGUAGUGGGCGUUUCCUUUCUUUUAUAGUUAGUCAAUCCGUACAGGAUUUCGCAACAUUUUUUUUUGUGUGUGUGAGAUUGUUGUGGCCAAAAUGCUUGAUUUUUCUACUGUUUUUUUUUUUUUUUUUUCCGAAAUCUGCGACGCAACCUGCAGGGCAAUUGCACAGAAUUGAGUUGCAUGGUCAGUCCCUCCAGGGGUUUGCAGAUCGCAGAAAACAACGCAAAAUCAAGCAAACUUCGCUGCAGAAUUGGGCCGAGACAUGUCAUGUGACUUCAUCACAGUGCGCAUUCAGCCAAAACCCCCUACGAUUCGCUUGCGUCAAACAUGAGUCACAUUUACUGACAAAAAUGCCGUUUCGCCAGUUCAAGAAGUUUUCUGCAAAAAAAAGCACCCAAAAAAGAAAUUGUGCAUCACAAAUUUUGAGAGAAAAAGCCGCAGCAAAAUCAAGAACUUUUAGCCAACAAUCAUGCAAAAAAAAACUCUGCAAAAUCCUGUACAGUCUGGUAAAUAAGACCUGUUAGCUGUACUCGUGUUUGACACACGUGAAUCGAAGAGGGCUUUGGCUGACUGUGCGUUGCAAUGACGUCACAUGACGCAUCUUGGCCCAAAUCUGCGGUACUUUUGAAACAUUGCAAGCUUCUCUGAAUAUUGCAGAGUUUCUGCGAUCACAGAACCCUUGAGGGACUGUUUAGGCUGUACAGGCUAGUCAAACUGAUUGUUCUAGUAUAGCUGAAUAUUUCCUGAUCCGAAACCUCAACAUCUUAAAAACAAGCAUAAAUUAAAACUGCGAUUUUAAUAAACCCAGGGAGAUUUUUCUUUAUACAAUUCAAGACGUUUUAAAUCUGCACUUUAACACUGUUCAGGUUGUCUUCUGUGGAUGGAAAUGCCAUAUUAAGAAUUUCUUUACUUCUGUAAAGAGUGCUAUUAUUACGUUUAAGUGUUGAGCUGUCAUCAUUUAUCAUAGGUUUGGCACUUCGAGUGCUGUGAGUUAAUAUUUACCUUUCAGUGUGUUAUUUUAGCUUUAAUUUGGUUUUGAGCACAAUGUGCUGCCGUUUUUACUUUCUGCACACGGUUCACAUAAUUAAUAGGCAGGGAGAGAAUAUGUCAUUUUGGUAUACAUACCGCUAUUAUAGGCUUUAACGUUGUAACAGGCUGUUAUUUAUUUAGUUUUACGUGUUGUACAUAAUGUUCUGUUCUCUUAUUUCCUCUCACUUCAAUAAAGUCAACUCUGUGUCCGUUGAGUCACUGCUGAAGGCGCCUUGCCAAAACCAUUAACUUGCGAUUUUUUUUUUUCUUUCUUUCAAGAUCACAUUUGCUGACUCUGUCUCCUGCUUUCGAACAAGUAAAACAAAUCUGUGCAAAGGUCAUUAGGUCCAGUGCAAAAUGACCAUCUAAUCUAAAUUGUCUCCAGCAAGAAUGAUCUAUUUUUCUCUGAUUUACUCUGUGAUGUAACGUUAGUCCCUUUUAAACACCGUUCUUCCUGGAUCACUUACUCCUGUUGCAGGGUUAGGUGGAAUUAGCAACUUAAAAAUCACAGCUUAUCAGAUAACAACACAACAAGGAGUUCAAGUGCAUCCUGAGACAUUCUGUGCUUGGAUGAUUAAUGUGGCAAAAGUUUGGCCUGGCAGUGCGGGUGGAAAUGGAUAUUUGGCUGCGUUCAGAAUGAACGAUCAUGGUGACCGAGUAAAGAAACCUCUGGAAAAACUGGCAUAUUGAAAUUGGUUCAUUGUUUCAGUGUAGAGUUUAAAUUCAAGAUUAAGCAAAAACAUUUUCAGGUUCAGAAAUGUCAGUGGCACUAAUUGAAGUCAGUUCGCUUGCUCUGAUUUUGUGCACUCUGAUCCCAUUUCAGUUCAAAUCUAGUCUCAAGCUAAAAUGAAAAUGAAACCAUUUAGCAAAACAUCAUUCGUUAGUGCCGUUUGUUUUAAUGGGUGGAGCUGCUUUGUGUUGUUUGCACACAACCUUUUCACUUUACACUGUGGGCUAUACAUUGGCUGUGUCUCAAAUCGAUUGCUGGUGGUGCCGUACGUAGAUAAUUACCAUCUAGGGGAGGAAAAUGGGCAAGUGGCUGGCCACACACUUGAAGAUUUUAAGCCCGAUUUCCACCCUCUCCAACCAUCGGGGACAAUUCGAGUCUUGUCGCUGCCGACUUUUUGCCCAAAAAAUUCACUCAAUUGUGUGGUGUCAUUUAUGAUUAUUUUACAGCUCGGGACUGAGCCGGAGCCUCCCCGAUCCAAAAUCGUAAAUAUCAAACACGUAUGAGGCGGGAUACCCGCAAUAGCCAAUGAGAGCGAGCAAGGCUCACCAACCAGGUGUUGCGUGCUUUGAUGGCGGAAACAUGGCAGCCACAAACAUGCCACGAAUGUGGAGUAUGGUUCCGCAAUAGAGACAACCGAAGAAAAUUUUAACAGCAUAUUGAGCCUAGGAUGCUGUGCUCUCUGGUUCUUGAGAGAGAGAGCGAGAGAGUUAAAUAAUUUUCUGCUGUGUAAAUGAGGUGGAGAUCCUCGAGAUCGUUACUAUGUUCGUUACUGUGAAAUCGUUACUACAAUAGACAGGUGUGUGUGGUCUCGCGGUCUGGCCGAAUCGUCUAGCGUGUGCAUACGGAGGAUUAUAAUGUAAAAAAUCGUUUGAAACUGUCCUUAUAUCUGUGGUCUCCCACGGUUUUAAAAUCGGCUAAGAUUUUUUAAAAAUCAUUUAGUGUGUCCCUGGUAUAACCCGGGCACCUGAGACAAGCAGAUUUCAUGUCUGGGCUGUUUGUUUUAUUAUUCAUAGCUGCCUGACAGACAAGGUGUUUCAACAACCAGAACCAGACAAAAUAACCUAGUCUGUAUUGAUAAGCAUUGUUGCGCAAGUUUAAAUUUGAUGCGCUUCACAGUCGUGCCUUGAUGCUGUAAUUAUAGCACAAGCUGCUCUUUCCAAAUCUCACCACAUGCUGCACUACACGCAUCAGUUGACACACAAGAACAGUAUCUGUAGAGCGGUUUUUACUAGGCGCAUUUACAGACAAUCUUCAGGAACGGGCAGUUAUGUGGAAACACUAAUUAAGCUGAGCAAAAUAAACCGCAGAGAACAUGUGUCAUAUAACUCUCCUGCUAGCACAACAUGAGCAGUACGUCACCUCACACCGAGACAAAAAAUAAUGUACAGAUCAUCAUGGAAAAAUACAACAAGCAUGAUAAGUGCAUCCUGAGAAGUAGUACUUUUUUGUUGUUGUUGUAUUUAUUUGUGAUAGUUUCUAUAUGACCUAUUUUUAUGACAUUUUCUAUUUUGUCCCAAUGCUGCUCAGUAUAUUGCACAAUUCUUAAACGGUGGUCUUUAUCCAUGAGAACGAGCAAACUAGGAAUUUCCUUGUCCGAGGCAAACAUGUCUUGCACCUCCAGGGUUGGGGGUUCGAAUCCCACUUCUGUCCUGUGUGUGUGGAGUUUGCAUGUUCUCCCUGUGCUUUGAAGGUUUCCUCCAGGUACUCCGGUUUCCUCCCCCAGUCCAAAGACGCGCGUUGUAGGCUGACUGGCAUUUCCAAUUGUCCGUAGUGUGUGAUUGUGCCCCGCGAUGGUUGGCACCCCGUGCUGGGUAUCCCCCGCCUUGUGCCCCGAGUUCCCUAGGAUAGGCUCAACAACCCUGUGUAGGAUGAGCGGUAUGGAAAAUGGAUGGAUAUAUUACUAUAUUAUUUAUCAUGAUAUUGAUAUUAUAUCAUCAUAUCGCCCAGCCCUACAUAUUAUAAUAAAGUUCUUGUAUUUUGAAUCUUUAUAUUUCUACACAAAUAGCUAACCAACUUUUAAUUGGACACCUUAGGAAAAAGUCUUAAAAUUAGUUAGUUUACUAUAUAGGUCUUUUCAUGCACUCACGAUGAUGAUUUGAGACACACUCCUAUGCUUUCAGUAGGCUACAAUUCUGCUGAUGUCAGAGAGGUCCUGUGACUCCAGGAAACACCGCAGUCACACUGACAGAUAGGCGCAAAGCCCUACUUAGAGUCACCUGUCCUAAAUAGCAGCUCCGUCUCAGUUUCAUUCUCACACACCAAGUAAACACGCAGCGUGUAGCUAAGAGAGAUCUGUGGCGCCUUACUUCCAUGUGUAUUUGACUUGACCUCAUGCAGGUAUUCGAGUAAGCAGUCAAUGAAGACCGAUUGAAAUCCACCAUCUUUCCUAAGCCAUUCCGUCCCGGAGUGAUCCGCUGUGUUUUACCUUGAAGAGGGUGGGGGCACAGACUAAUUAACUUCUGACACUUUGUCCACACUGGAAACCGGCUAGGCCUGGUUUUAUUACUGUAGUGAGAAAAUCUUUGAGGCAAUGAGCUUUUAACAAGCCUUUUUACAAGCCUUUAGAAUUUAGGCUUGUUAGCAGAUUCUGACCUGACAUUCUUUGUUUUAAAUGCCGUUUUAGAAAGUCUGUGUUGAUAUAGUCCCAGUCCAGCAGGAGCGUAAAUGUGCCCCAUGUUUGCACACUAAGCGGACUUCCAUUCACCUGCAAUUGCCGUUCCUGCUCCAGCUCUCACAGUUUCUGCUGUUGCUUCCAUUACUGUGAUUGCGACACCUCAAGUCACAAAUUCUGAAUCCUUCCUUGUGAGGUCAUUUACAGUUUCCUUUUCUUGGUUAAUGGGCCUCGUGUAACAGGAUGAUGUUUAAAUUUAGCAGGAGGACGUAAGCAGAUCACAGGCUUUCUAAUAAAGGCAUGUCUUGUUUCCAGAAACUCCAAAAUGGAUUGUAAAUUACAUGUUGACAUGGAGGUAAUCCACAGACUGAAGUUUGUGCUUGAUAGUGCGUACAGCAUGCCCUAAAGAGGACAUUUCAGCCUGAGUAGAUAAAGUCAGUGCACUAUAAAGGAAUAGUGUGUUCCUAAUGUUGCUUGCACUUUCCCCAAAAGAAAGAUAACUUGGCCAGGAUUUUGUAAACCUUGAUCCUUGGUUGCUCUGCACGUAUCUCGCACUGGCGAGUGAGGAUGAAGGCGCCGGGCCGCGGGCGUCGCUGAACAUGUACGCGGCAUCAGGGAUGACUGAGUGCAAGGCCGAGGUGACGCCGUCGACGCGCAAUGGCCACCGCGUGUUCAGCUACACGCUUGAGAGCCACACGGCCGCUGCCUUCGCCAUCAUGAAUGAGCUGCGGCUUGAGCGGCAACUCUGUGACGUCACGCUGCGAGUAAAAUACAACGACCUGGAGGCUGUGGACUUUGUGGCACAUAAGGUGGUGCUGGCAUCCUCCUCACCUGUCUUCCGCGCCAUGUUUACCAAUGGCCUGAAGGAGUGUGGCAUGGAGGUAGUGCCCAUCGAAGGGAUCCACCCACGGGUAAUGGGACGACUGAUAGAGUUUGCCUACACGGCAAGCAUCUCAGUCGGAGAGAAGUGCGUCAUCCACGUGAUGAAUGGAGCUGUGAUGUAUCAGAUCGACAGCGUGGUGAAGGCCUGCUGUGAUUUCCUGGUGCAGCAGUUGGACCCGAGCAACGCCAUUGGCAUCGCUAACUUCGCUGAGCAGAUUGGCUGCACCGAGCUACACCAGAAAGCCCGCGAGUACAUCUACAUGAACUUCAGCCAGGUGGCGACGCAGGAGGAGUUCUUCAAUCUCUCUCCAUGCCAGCUGGUAACGCUGAUCAGCCGUGAUGAGCUGAACGUACGCUGUGAGUCCGAGGUAUACCAUGCAUGCGUGGCGUGGGUGCAGUAUGAGCGUGACGAGCGGAGGCCAUACAUGCAGGCACUGCUACAAGCCGUGAGGUGCCACUCACUUCCGCCACACUUCCUGCAGCGCCAGCUUGAGCACUUUGAAUGGGACGCACAGAGCAAGGAUUAUCUAGCACAGAUCUUUCAGGACCUGACACUGCACAAGCCCACCAAGGCAUUGGCAUGCCGCACACCUAAGGUACCGCAACUUAUCUACACAGCCGGUGGCUAUUUCCGCCAGUCACUCUGCUACCUCGAGGCGUUUAACCCAGGCACUGGUGCCUGGCUGCGCCUGGCGGAUCUUCAGGUGCCCCGCAGUGGCCUGGCAGCAUGUGUGAUCAGCGGGCUCUUCUACGCCGUUGGAGGGAGGAACAAUGCACCCGAUGGCAACAUGGACUCCAACACUCUGGACUGCUACAACCCUAUGAACAAUUGCUGGCUCCCAUGCGCCCCAAUGAGUGUACCCCGGAACCGAAUUGGCAUUGGGGUCAUUGAUGGUAUGAUCUACGCCGUUGGGGGCUCACAUGGAUGCAUCCAUCAUAACAGCGUAGAGAGGUACGACCCGGAAAGAGACUCGUGGCAACUGGUGGCCCCCAUGCUGACCCGGAGAAUAGGGGUGGGCGUGGCUGUCAUUAACCGCCUCCUCUACGCAGUGGGUGGGUUUGAUGGAACGCAUCGUCUGAGUUCGGUGGAGUGUUACAACCCUGAGAAAGACGAAUGGAGGGGCACAGCACCCAUGAACACUGUCCGCAGCGGAGCAGGUGUGUGCGCACUGAAUAACCAUAUCUAUGUAAUGGGUGGCUACGACGGCACCAAUCAGCUGAACACGGUGGAGCGCUAUGACGUGGAGACCGACAGCUGGACCUUCAUCUCAUCAAUGAGACACCGGCGCAGCGCACUGGGAGUCACCCCCCACCAAGGACGCAUCUACGCACUCGGAGGAUAUGAUGGGAACACAUUUUUGGACAGCGUGGAAUGCUAUGACCCUGAAACGGACACAUGGGCCGAGGUCACGAGGAUGACCUCUGGGCGGAGCGGGGUCGGUGUUGCGGUUACCAUGGAGCCGUGCCAAAAAGAUUGUAAGAAGGGUUGUCCGAAAGAUUGUCAGAAAGAAUGUCAGAAAUUCUAGUGCCUCCUCUCUUCUCCUUGCUCUUUGUCCUUCCAUAUUUCUAUUCCUUCCUCUUUCAGCCAGGAUCACCAGUGAUUAAAAUUCUGGUGCUUCGAGAACUUUCAGAGUCUUCUAUAAAGGAGAGCAAACGGGUCUCUGGACAUUUACAGGGUUCAAAGCCGUGGUGUUGACUAUGAGAUCGGAGAGGCCAGAAGAUGCUUCCAGACAGGACUGGUUAAUAUUUAUU